AUGGGCGGUGAGGGGAAGCACCACUACCAGGAGCCAUAUCCAGGGGCACCGCCGCCACAGGCGUACGGAACAUUCCAGGGGCAGGGGUUGCCCCCUUACCCGCCGCCGCAGCCGGCGGUGGGGUUCCCGCAGCCGGUACCUCCGCCGGCGGCGAUCUCCUCCUCCCCCGGCGAUCCCCCCUACUACCCUCAUGGAUACCAGACCGUCCAAGGUAUUCGCGAGCACCACUCCUCCGUGCUUUUGAAAUUCUGUUUCACUGAAGACAAUUCGACGGAUCGCGAUGUUCUUCAUCGACGGGAAGAACUUCCCCUUCAAUCUUGUGCGAUUGAUUUCUCAAUCACGCGUAAGGGAUUUCGUCCAGCCGAAUCCCUAGUUACCUUCUGAAUUGUGGCUGAUGCGCGUGUUCUUAAUCGUUUUUUAUUCGAAUUCAUUGCAGCCUCCAUAUCCUUUUUCACAUCUCCGUCCUGAUCUGGAUCUAAUUAGGGGAGGGAGAUCUCCAUCGAUCGUCCAGCCCAACCGCUCAUUUCCUAAAAUGUUCUUCCUUAUGCUCAAAUUUCUUUGAAAACGGGGGUUCCAUGCCUAUCUAUUUUGAGAUUCCAGCCCUCGGUACAACGGGAUCCCCACCAGAUCGCCAGCAUAUUCGUUUUAUUUUAUUUUAUCUUGACUUUUAUCUCCCACCGAUCUUAGAUAUAUCGCGGGAAUAGGUUUCUCCGUCGACCAUCUCAAAACCAUCGCUCAUCUCGUGAAUUAAUCUCACCCUCUCCAUUAAUUUCUUCUUUUAUUUAUUUAAUUAUCUUGAAAACCAGAGAUUUUCACUCCCGAUUCCCCAAGAACUUGCAUGUGAAGCUCCCGUUUCUGCAUCCGUUGACCCUCGCUUGUGCAGCAGUCGCCGAAGGGCACCCCGUGAGAGAGCCGCGCCUCCCCUGCUGCGGCGUCGGCCUGGGCUGGUUCCUGUGAGUAUCAUCCUCCAGAUAGUUACCGAUCACAAUUAUUGUAUGGCUGAUCCUCCCGUGCCCCGCAAGGUUCAUAAUCGGGUUCUUCCUCGUCGCCAUUCCCUGGUACAUGGGAGCGUUCCUCCUCUUCUGCAGCAUGGUCGAUCGAAGGGAGAAGCCCGGAUACGUCGCCUGCACAAUCGCCGUGAGUAUCAAAGAAAGCCCUCAACUUUCGUGAAGAGAAUUUAAAUUUCUCCCCCAUUUUGUGAGAAUUGAGGAAAAUAUGUUUAUGGGGGGUGAUCUGAUUGGAUCCCCCGACCGAGCAGCUCAUCUCUCUGACGUUGACUUUUGGACAGGCUGUUCUUGCCACAGUGGCCAUCGUUGUCGGGGCAACGAAUGGGGGCUGA